GGGAGCCCGAGCAGUUGGCGCGAGCGGCGGGCGAGGCGGGGCGGGCGCGCCGGGGUCCCCUCCCCCUCCGCAGGUCCCCUCCGGAGCGCCCCGCGCCGCCCGCGCCCCGCCCAGGACAAGGUCAGGGGACGGAGGGGCGAUGCCCGAGGGCGACCGGCCGGAGCCGAGCGGAGGCGCCCGGCGCGGGGAUCGGUCCCUCCGGAACGGGCCGCGGGACGGGGGUCGGCGGCGCUGAGCGAGCGGCGGGCUGCGCUCCGGUGCCCCCCGCCGCGGAGCAUCCCCGUCCUCGCCGGCGAUCGCAGCCCCGCGCCGGCCGGGGGCGCCCGGGAAGAUGGAGCCGGGGGGCCGGGCCCGCGCGGGGUCCCCGCCGGCGGCCGCCCCCGGCCCCGGGAGGGCUCGGCCGGGGGGCGGCGGGGGCGCCUCCGCCUGGCUGCUGUGCUACGGCUUCCUCUACCUGGCGCUCUACGCGCAGGUGUCCCAGUCCAAGCCGUGCGACAGGACCGGCUCCUGCUUCUCGGGCCGCUGUGUCAACUCCACCUGCCUCUGCGACCCGGGCUGGGUGGGGGACCAGUGCCAGCACUGCCAGGGCAGGUUCAAGUUAACAGAACCUUCUGGAUAUUUAACAGAUGGUCCAAUUAACUAUAAGUAUAAAACUAAAUGUACAUGGCUAAUUGAAGGCUAUCCAAAUGCAGUGUUAAGAUUAAGAUUCAAUCACUUUGCUACAGAAUGUAGCUGGGAUCAUAUGUAUGUUUAUGAUGGAGAUUCAAUAUAUGCCCCUUUAAUAGCUGUACUUAGCGGUUUAAUCGUUCCUGAAACCAGGGGGAAUGAAACCGUGCCUGAAGUUGUUACAACAUCUGGCUAUGCACUGUUACAUUUUUUUAGCGAUGCUGCAUAUAAUCUAACUGGUUUCAACAUUUUUUACUCAAUCAAUUCUUGUCCUAACAAUUGUUCUGGACAUGGGAAGUGUACCACUAGCAUCUCUGUUCCAAGUCAAGUCUAUUGCGAGUGUGAUAAGUACUGGAAGGGCGAGGCUUGUGAUAUCCCCUACUGCAAAGCCAACUGCGGCAGUCCUGAUCAUGGCUACUGUGACCUCACCGGGGAAAAGCUGUGUGUCUGCAAUGACAGUUGGCAAGGUCCUGAUUGUUCUUUGAAUGUUCCUUCUACCGAGUCUUACUGGAUUCUGCCAAAUGUUAAGCCCUUUAGUCCUUCUGUUGGCCGGGCUUCCCAUAAAGCGGUUUUACAUGGCAAAUUUAUGUGGGUGAUCGGUGGCUAUACCUUUAACUACAGUUCUUUUCAAAUGGUCCUGAAUUACAAUUUAGAAAGCAGUAUAUGGAAUGUAGGAACUCUAUCAAGGGGACCUCUCCAGAGAUACGGACACUCUCUUGCUUUAUAUCAGGAGGACAUCUUUAUGUAUGGAGGCAGAAUUGAAACGAAUGAUGGCAAUGUUACAGAUGAACUGUGGAUUUUUAACAUACACCGUCAGUCUUGGAGUACAAAGACACCUACUGUCCUUGGACAUGGCCAGCAGUAUGCGGUGGAGGGACAUUCAGCACAUAUUAUGGAACUGGACAGUAGAGACGUGGUCAUGAUAAUCAUAUUUGGAUAUUCUUCAAUUUAUGGUUAUACAAGCAGCAUACAGGAGUAUCAUAUCUCGUCAAACACUUGGCUUGUUCCAGAAACAAAAGGAGCCAUUGUUCAGGGUGGCUAUGGCCACACCAGUGUGUAUGAUGAAAUAACAAAGUCUAUUUAUGUUCAUGGAGGCUAUAAGGCACUCCCAGGCAAUAAAUAUGGAUUGGUAGAUGACCUUUAUAAGUACGAAGUUAACACUAAGACUUGGACUAUUUUGAAAGAAAGUGGGUUUGCCAGAUAUCUUCAUUCAGCUGUUCUUAUCAAUGGAGCUAUGCUUAUUUUUGGAGGAAAUACCCAUAAUGACACUUCCUUGAGUAACGGUGCAAAAUGUUUUUCUGCCGAUUUCCUGGCAUAUGACAUAGCUUGUGAUGAAUGGAAAAUAUUACCCAAACCAAAUCUUCAUAGAGAUGUUAACAGAUUUGGACACUCUGCAGUUGUCAUUAAUGGGUCCAUGUAUAUAUUUGGAGGAUUUUCUAGUGUACUUCUUAAUGAUAUCCUUGUAUACAAGCCUCCAAAUUGCAAAGCUUUCAGGGAUGAAGAACUUUGUAAAAAUGCUGGUCCAGGGAUAAAGUGUAUUUGGAAUAAAAACCACUGUGAAUCUUGGGAAUCUGGGAAUACUAAUAAUAUUAUUAGAGCGAAGUGCCCUCCUAAAACAGUUGCCUCUGAUGACAGAUGUUACAGGUAUGCAGACUGUGCCAGCUGCACUGCCAACACAAACGGGUGCCAGUGGUGUGAUGACAAGAAAUGCAUUUCAGCAAGUAGUAACUGUAGUAUGUCCGUGAAAAACUACACCAAGUGUCAUGUGAGAAAUGAGCAGAUUUGCAACAAACUUACCAGCUGUAAAAGCUGCUCCCUAAACUUGAACUGCCAGUGGGAUCAGAGGCAGCAGGAAUGCCAGGCUCUGCCAGCUCAUCUUUGCGGAGAAGGAUGGAAUCAUAUUGGUGAUGCGUGUCUCAGACUCAAUUCUAGUAGAGAAAGCUAUGAUAAUGCCAAACUUUAUUGCUAUAAUCUGAGUGGAAAUCUUGCUUCAUUAACAACCUCAAAAGAAGUAGAAUUUGUUCUGGAUGAAAUACAAAAGUAUACGCAACAGAAAGUCUCGCCGUGGGUAGGCCUGCGCAAGAUCAACAUUUCCUACUGGGGCUGGGAAGACAUGUCCCCCUUCACCAACACCUCGCUGCAGUGGCUUCCCGGAGAGCCCAAUGACUCUGGCUUCUGCGCGUAUCUAGAAAGGGCCGCUGUGGCGGGGCUCAAAGCCAAUCCUUGUACGUCCAUGGCAGAUGGUCUCGUCUGUGAAAAGCCUGUGGUGAGUCCGAAUCAGAACGCGCGUCCCUGCAAGAAGCCGUGCUCCCUGCGGACGUCGUGCUCCAACUGCACCAGCAACGGCAUGGAGUGCAUGUGGUGUAGCAGCACGCGCCGCUGCGUCGACUCCAACGCCUACAUCAUCUCCUUCCCCUACGGGCAGUGUCUGGAGUGGCAGACCGCCACCUGCUCGCCUCAAAAUUGUUCUGGCUUGAGAACCUGUGGACAGUGUUUGGAGCAGCCUGGAUGUGGCUGGUGCAAUGAUCCGAGUAAUACAGGAAGAGGGCACUGUGUGGAAGGGUCUUCACGGGGGCCCAUGAAGCUUGUUGGAAUGCACAACAGCGAGAUGGUUCUUGACACCAGUCUUUGUCCUAAGGAGAAGAACUAUGAGUGGUCCUUUAUCCAGUGUCCAGCUUGCCAGUGUAAUGGACACAGCACUUGCAUCAAUAAUAACGUGUGUGAACAGUGUAAAAACCUCACCACAGGGAAACAGUGUCAAGACUGCAUGCCGGGCUAUUAUGGCGAUCCGACCAACGGAGGACAGUGUACUGCUUGUACAUGCAGUGGCCAUGCAAAUAUUUGUCAUAUGCACACAGGAAAAUGUUUCUGCACAACCAAAGGAAUAAAAGGUGACCAAUGCCAAUUAUGUGAUUCUGAAAAUCGCUAUGUUGGCAAUCCACUUAGAGGAACGUGCUAUUACAGCCUUUUGAUUGACUAUCAGUUUACAUUCAGCUUAUUACAGGAAGAUGACCGUCACCACACUGCCAUAAACUUCAUAGCAAACCCAGAACAGUCAAACAAAAAUUUGGAUAUUUCAAUUAAUGCAUCCAACAACUUUAAUCUCAACAUUACAUGGUCUGUUGGUUCCACAGCUGGUACAAUAUCCGGAGAGGAGACGCCUAUAGUUUCCAAAACUAAUAUAAAGGACUACAGAGAUAGCUUUUCCUAUGAAAAAUUUAACUUUAGAAGCAAUCCUAACAUUACGUUCUAUGUGUACGUCAGCAACUUUUCCUGGCCUAUUAAAAUACAGAUUGCAUUCUCCCAACACAAUACAAUUAUGGAUCUUGUGCAGUUUUUUGUCACCUUCUUCAGUUGUUUUUUAUCCUUAUUACUGGUGGCUGCUGUGAUAUGGAAGAUCAAGCAAACAUGUUGGGCUUCUCGUCGAAGAGAGCAACUGCUUCGAGAACGACAGCAGAUGGCCAGCCGUCCCUUUGCUUCUGUUGAUGUCGCACUGGAAGUAGGAGCUGAACAAACAGACUUUCUGCGAGGGCCACUAGAGGGCGCCCCCAAGCCCAUAGCCAUUGAGCCAUGCGCGGGAAACAGAGCCGCCGUCCUGACCGUGUUCCUCUGUCUCCCUCGAGGAUCAUCAGGUGCCCCUCCACCUGGGCAGUCAGGUCUCGCGAUUGCCAGUGCCCUCGUGGAUAUUUCACAACAGAAGCCUUCAGAGAGUAAAGACAAGACUUCAGGGGUCAGAAAUCGAAAGCAUCACCUCUCAACACGUCAGGGAACUUGUGUCUGAGAAGCAGAAACUGUGCCCAGCUCUUUCAGAGUCUUUGACUUUGCAAAUGGCUUCCUCUAAAGCUGGUCUCUGGCCUCGGUUCUGAUGGAGGCCAGCCCAUGUACGGACCGCAGGACCGAGUCCAGCUCCCUCCAAAUGGGUCGUGACCCAAGUGGCCAAAGAAUGCUCACAAGUUUUCUAGAAGUAACAGUAUUGAUGGUCACCGGCAACGAAGUCAGUUUUUAUGACUCUCUUAGGCUUAUCAUAGGUAAUAUUAAAUUACUCUAGAAAAAAAAAGAUGUAUAUUGUUUCUUAAUGCAGAUGAAAAAUAUGUAAUUCGUAUAAACCAAAUUGUUUAUAUCUCAAGACUUUAAAGAGAGACAUUUUAUAAUGCCUGAAUGAUGAAAAUUGUACAGUUUUUGCCUCAUACACAUAAACUUAAACCUCUUGUAUAUUUAAUGCGAAGUGAAUAGGAAAUGAACAAAUGGCAAUGGAUUUAAAUGCUAUUUUAUCUCAGUAUAAAUGUAAAAGCAAGGUUUUGAUUUCAUAGAAUGUAGGGAUUGUAUGUCAGUAUUUCACAUGACUCUCAUGUCCCAAACUCCGUCAGAGAAUGUGACCAUUUUCUACAUAACUGGAAUGCAGGCCCAAAUUAGCCCAUUUGGAUGAAUGGUAUGUGCGACUUCACAGGAGGUUUAUUAGAAUUCUGAGUGAAGAGGACAUUCCUGUAGUCCAUGCCAACUGCCUAACUCAUUAUCAGAGCUGAUAGAGCAUGGAAGAGCCUGUCCAGCAAUCAGUUACUCCCCUCCUUCCAAAAAGCAAGCUCCUAAAACCACAAGCCUAAACAGAGCGGAAGUCAUUUUGACAGUGUGCCCAAGUUUCUGUUCCAAGAUGAUAGUUUUUAAUUGCCUCCAAAUCACUGGAUCAGACCUCAGUGAUCCACCUGCCGUUUUAUAAGAGCCCAUUAAUGAACACCUUUGAUAUUUCUCUCCUCACUGCUAGAGAUUUUAUCUACUGUUCAAAGAUGUUAGGAGAAAUUUUUAGAGGCACUGUCUCCCAAAUGAUACAUGUCCCAGGUUCGCGCCUGCCAGCUCUUUCAUUGAGACAAUAAGGAGAGAAAAGCACCCACAGUAUUUUUAUUUCUCUAACAUGAAUGCAUUGAAGCCAUGAGAGAAAGUGUCCAGUUUAAGAAUAAGUGCAUUGUUUUCCAAAUUCAGCAUAUUCUUAAUGACUCAAAACUGGUUAAUGGUAGAAGGGAAGAAUGAUAUUACAACAACUUUCACAUUGAAACAUAUAAUCAUUUGUGUCCUAAUAACGACAACAGUUGAGGAGCUUCAGAGCAUGAAAGAUCUUUGGAAGGGGAGUUUCUUAACUUCCGGUUGGCUAUAGGCUACACUGAGAGCCAUAGCCGAGAAAUCUAAAACUUCCGUAUAUGAUAUGAUGUUUUUUUCAAUAUAAAAAUCACUUAAAUAUAAUUGAUGUUUAGUACUAUCUAUGGACUUUUCAUGUUCUUUGAAUUUCUGGAGGAGGAUGACACUUCACUGUUUACAGCUGAUGCAUAGUUUCCCGCAUGCUAUGGUUGUGCAGUAGCAGAAUAUGACCCCAUUGUGAUAUUAAAUGUUUAUUUCAUAAUGCCAUUUAUCCAUAGGCCGCUUAAUUUGAUGAGAUUCGAAUGUAAUAUAUAACAGGAAUGAUCAUACAAUAUGUAGUUGCAUCGUAUAUAAGACUGCUAGGUUGCAUCUAACCAUUCCUAUGUCAUUGUUUUGGUAAUUAGGAUCUUAUGAAUUAUAGUAUAUAUUCCUUAUGUUGGCAUGAUGGUUUUGCUAUUUUACAUGUAUUAAAAAUAAGACUAAUUCUUAGAGUAAUUUUAUCGAAAACCUGCGGGCUUUGCGGGAGGAGUGGAGCUGGUUGAUUUUAUUUCCCUAUAGUAUAUUCUUUCUCCAGAACAAGGGGGGUGGGGGUGGAGCAAGGUUUGUAAAAAGUCUCCUAAAAACGAUCAACUAAUUUUAUUAGCUUCUUUUGAACUAUUUAAUGUUGAUUAUUCUCCUGGGAAAAUAAAUCGACAAAACUGGUGAUUACAAAAGUAUAAAUCAUUUUAAAAAUAAACAAUUCCCCAAUUA